AUGGUUCUUUUUUUUAUUAGGAUUCGAGAAUUAUUGAGUUUAGUUUUUUUCUUUACAGUCUUUGUUCCAAUUUCCUCGUUAAUGUUUGAUAUUAUAGCAAUGCCUUUAAAUGUUCAAAAUCAACGAUGUAUCCGUAAUUUUGUACCUACUAAUACUCUAGUAACUAUAUUUGUUAAUGUCUAUGGGUCUCAGGAUGAUGGCCAGAAAGUAAAUAUGACAAUUACUGACAUUCAUGGGAAUGAAUAUAGUCGUUCAAAGGAAAUUAUUGGCGAAAAGAGGGUCAUUUUUACUACAAGUGAUGAAUCUACAAUUAUAGUAUGCUUAAGUAAUGUUCUCUUCUAUGGGUCUAACAAUACUAAUAAUUUUCGAUCUGUAGAACUGGAUAUUAACAAAGGUACAGAUGCGCUUAAUUGGGAAGAUAUUGAAGUUCAACGUCACUUGAGACCUGUUGAGGUUGAAUUAUUAAAAAUUGAAGGCAUUUCUCGAGAAAUUGCAAACGAAAUGGAAUAUUUGCAAGUACGAGAACAAAAAAUGCGAGAUAUUAAUGAAAGUACAAAUGAUCGAGUUAAGUUUUAUGGUCUUGGAUUCAUGAUCUCUUUAGUUAUCCUUGGCAUUUGUGAAAUUAUUUAUUUACGCCGUUUUUUUCAACGCAAACAUCUUAUUUAG